AUGGCAUCCGAAUCUAUCAUCAAGAAGAUCGUCUGGUAUGGUCAAGGACCCAGACUCGGUAGUCAAGUCCUCCAGCGCAUUGCCGCACUCAAGAAAUACGACAUUACCUUCAUCGGCCGCAAAGAGCCGUCUGAGUACAAGAAUGUGCCAGAAGGUAUUCCCAUCGUACAAGUUGACUUGAAGGAUCAUAAGACCCUCGUCAAAGCAUUGACGGGCGCUGACGCAGUUGUCGUGUUCACUCACUUCAACCCAGGCGGGGAUCUCGACAUUGUCCAGAUUGCGCUCAUCAAUGCCGCUAUAGAGGCUGGAGUGAAGCUCUUUGUGCCUUCAGAAUGGGCGCCUGACACUGCUGGUGGGAAUGGAGCAACGAUUGCGAAAAUCGGACCAAACACGUUGCCUCCCAAUCCUGCCGUUGCAGCAAAGAGGGUAGUUCACAAUUACCUGCUGUGUAGAUCUGCUGCAAACCAGAUUGACUUUGUAAGCCUACACGUUGGCAACCUUCUCAUAAACUUGAGUGCUUUUGCAUCUUUGGACAUCAAUAAACGCACUGCCUCGCUUGGCGACGGUGGCCACGGCCUCAUCUCCGUAUCCAGCAUCGACACGCUCACAAAAGGUCUCGACAGUCUCUUAACCCAAUAUCCAAAAUUUAAAAACGGCUUCUUUUACAUCUGCGACGGCGAGACCAGCUUGCAGCGUCUCGUAAAAACCUUCCAAGAGGCUUCAGAGACCAAGGAGCCCUGGAAAAUCACUUCGUUUUCAAUCGCGGAGAGAAAGCAGCAAGCGGAUGAGAACAUGCGCAACGGAGUAUUCACCAAUAAAGAAUUCGCGGCUGUUCUUACGUUUCCGUUUACUGGUGGUUUGACAGUCUGGCAAAAUCCAGACAAUGAGAGGCUCGGCUUGGGACCGCCUAGCGACGGGAAGGCUCAGAAGAUUGUUGAUGACUUUGUACGGAGUUCGAUAGCCAAGGGAUAUGUUAGUUAA